AACCACGAGCUUACACUAGAGAAAAACGACUACGUGAAUUUAAAAAAUGAGCAUAGGAGAGUUAAAUGUUUCAAGAUGGCUUGAAGCACAUUGUAAUAGAAACUCACAAUUAUCGGUUUUACCGAGAAGUUUACUCCUCAUAGAUGUGAUGGGUGAUGACGAUUAUCAAUUAGUUGUUGCUGAUUUAUUCCAAAAUCGUCUUAGAGCAUUCAAACGAAAUUUAACCUCGGACAUCGUCUUAUGCGACUUGCCGAAUUCAUUAAUAGCAUUUUAUACAAACCAUUUAGAACCCAGAGUUCCAGCUGUAGCAGUAGCAUGUGGACAAGAUUUAUUUAUAUUUAAAAACAGUAAACCAUUUUUUAAAUUCCGAAUACCGUCUUCUACGAUUCUGCCUGUAGAAGCAAGUUUCUGGGAAAAAUUAGGGAACAACUCCGUUGUUUCUGGUAUAAAUAUAGGUAUUGAAGAAAUUAAUUCCACGUCUUUAACUUUGCUUACGGGAAGAUCUCAAGAACUAAUGUGUACAACAUCACAGGAAAGUUUUAUAAAAAGAUAUCGAUAUAAACCUCUUGUAAAAGAAUCAUCGAUUACAUGUAUGUGCACAAUAAAGAAGUCAUCGUACGACAAAAAAGCAUUGUCUUGCCCGGUUUUGGCUACUGAAUCGGGAAAUAUAUAUUUUUUGGAUCCACAAACAUUAGCAAUUUUACAACAAGCAAAUACAUGUAGUAGAACGUCGACUCCCUUUGUAAUCAGUUCAAUAGGCCUUUUCGAUGUCGAAUAUAAAAUUGUAAUAGGUUGCAGAGAAGGGUAUAUUUGUAUUUUAAUGAGAGGGUGGUUAGAAGGAAAAUUAAUUAUAGAAUUUCUACAUGACAUUGUCGAUCUUGUUAUUGUACCUGGGGAUAAUUUUAUUGUUGUCGCCACUAGUCAAAAAACAUUGUCCUGCUUUACCAAACGUGGUCAAAAUCUGUGGUCAAUCAAAACUGCGAGUCAGGUGGUAUGUCUUUGUUUAGUACCUAUAUGUCAUCUGAAUGUCAAUCUAAUUGCCGUGGGAUUAAGAGGUGGUACGAUACAGUUAUACCAUGGACGAGUUGUCGUGGAUUAUACAACAGUUCCUGAAACUCCGUCAACUAUUACGUUCGGUCAAUUGGGCCAAGAAGAGAACGUAAUGGUAGUAGUUACCCUAGCUGGUACUGUGACCUAUAAAAUCCUUAAACGAACAGCAGAUUUCAAUGUAAGAUUUAAGGAAAAUGUCCCUUUACUUCAAUGUAAACCAAUACCGCUUCCAAAGAGAAGUAAAUUAUUUUUGGAACAAAGUUUAAGGGAGAGAAAUAUUGCAACAGAUAUGCACCAGUUCUUUCAACAAGAUCUAAUGCGACUAAGAUUGAAAAAUGCUUCAGAACUAGUUAAUUGCAUCGAAAACUUAGAAAAUAAAGAGGAGUUCAAAAUAGAAGCAAAGAUAUGCAUUAGGGCCAGUGCUUUCAUGGAUACCUUGUAAUAGUAAAAGAUCAGUUUUAAUAUAAAAUUGAGGAC